CCUGAGCUCGGGGUUCGCCGGCGGCGGCGGCGGCGAGGGGAAGGCGACGCUCUCGGCACUGGCUUCGUGCAGAGCGACCAAGAGGGUUUUGCAGCGACCGAGGAGGGGUUGAGGUGGGCGCUGAGUUGUCCGGAGAAGGCAGGAGCGGCCGGCGCCUUCUGCUGAGGACUAGGAGGAGAAGGAGGAAUCGCGCCGGGCGGAGCGUCAGGUCCCAUUUUCCUCCCCGGCGUCUUGAAUACAAAGAUUACGGUGCAGAAGGAAAUUGCACUCGCCUCCUCCGCCCCCCGGUACCCAACAAUGCACCAGCCGCCCGAGUCUACUGCCGCCGCCGCGGCCGCUGCAGAUAUUAGUGCUAGGAAGAUGGCGCACCCGGCAGUGUUCCCCAGAAGGGGCAGUGGUGGUGGCAGCGCCUCUGCUCUCAGUGCAGCAGGUACCGGCAUUGGCAGUAAUGCCACAGCUUCUGAGGAUUUUCCACCUCCGUCGCUGCUCCAGCAGCCACCUCCCGCAGCAUCUUCUACGUCGGGACCACAGCCUCCGCCUCCACAAAGCCUAAACCUUCUUUCGCAGGCUCAGCUGCAGGCACAGCCUCUUGCGCCAGGCGGAACUCAAAUGAAAAAGAAAAGUGGCUUCCAGAUAACUAGCGUUACGCCGGCCCAGGUCUCUGCCAGCAUCAGCUCUAACAACAGUAUAGCAGAGGACACUGAGAGCUAUGAUGACCUGGAUGAAUCUCACACGGAAGAUCUAUCCUCUUCCGAGAUCCUUGAUGUGUCACUCUCCAGGGCUACUGACUUAGGGGAGCCUGAACGUAGCUCUUCGGAAGAGACGCUAAAUAACUUCCAGGAAGCUGAGACACCUGGGGCAGUCUCUCCCAACCAGCCCCACCUUCCUCAGCCUCAUUUGCCUCACCUUCCACAGCAGAAUGUUGUGAUCAAUGGAAAUGCUCAUGCACACCACCUCCAUCACCACCAUCACAUCCAUCAUGGGCACCACCUCCAUCACGGGCACCACCAUACAUCCCAUACUGCUGUGGCCAGUACAUCCAUUCCUGGAGCACCACCCUCAAGCCCAGUAACCAGAAAACUCUAUACAACUGGAAGCUCUGACAGUGGUACACCAGCUGCAUCAUCUUCUGCUGUAUCAUCGGGUGGCUCACCUGCAUCUAUAAUGACUAAUGUCAGUGCCCCGAGUACUACUGGCAGUAUAGGUAUAAAUUCUGUUACUGGCACUAAUACAAUGAAUAAUAUUAACAUUACUGCUGUGGGUAGUUUUAGUCCUAAUGUGACCAGCAGCAUACUUGGUAAUGCUAAUAUACACGCAAGCAAUAUUCCUAGUGCUGCUAGUGUGAGUGUUGGGCCUGGAGUUAGCAGCGGUGUUAAUGUGAGUAUCUUGAGUGGCAUGGGCAAUGGUACUAUUUCUUCCUCUGCUGUUAACAGUGUUCUUAAUGCAGCUGCAGGAAUGUCUGUGGGAUCCGUGUCAAGUCAGCAGCAACAGCCCACAGUUAACACAUCAAGGUUCAGAGUUGUGAAGUUAGAUUCUAGUUCUGAACCCUUUAAAAAAGGUAGAUGGACUUGCACUGAGUUCUAUGAAAAAGAGAAUGUUGUACCUGCUGCAGAAGGUGUGGCGAUAAAUAAAGCAGUGGAAACUGUAAAACAAAACCCAGCAGAAGUGACUUCUGAGAGGGAGAGCACCAGUGGGAGUUCAGUGAGCAGUAGUGUCAGCACACUGAGUCACUACACAGAGAGUGUGGGAAGUGGAGAGAUGGGAGCCCCUGCUGUGUUGGUGCAGCAGCCACCGGCUCUUCACGGUGUGGCCCUUCAGCAGAUGGAUUUCAGUAGCACUGGUCCACAGAGUAUGUCAGCAGUUAGUAUACCACAGAGUAUUUCUCAGUCACAGAUCUCACAAGUACAAUUACCAUCUCAAGAACUGAGCUAUCAGCAAAAGCAAGGUCUUCAACCAGUACCUCUGCAAGCUACUAUCAAUGCUGCAACUGGUAUCCAGCCAUCACCUGUUAAUGUGGUUGGUGUAACUUCAGCUUUAGGUCAGCAGCCUUCCAUUUCCAGUUUGGCUCAACCCCAGCUGCCAUAUUCUCAGAUGUCUCCUCCAGUGCAAGCUCCCCUUCCAGGGACACCACCCCAGCAGUUACACUAUGGACAGCAACCGACUGUUUCUACACAGAUGGCCCCAGUCCAUGGCAAAUCAGUGAGUCAGAAUCCUCCUUCAGAGUACAUACAGCAGCUGCCAAUUCUUCAAACAGCAGUGUCCUCUGGACAGCCCAGUUCUGCAGGAGUGGGAGCAGGAACAACGGUGAUUCCUAUAGCUCAGCCACAGAGUAUCCAGCUGCCAGUGCAGCCCACAGCUGUCCAAGCACAACCUGUAGGGGCAACUGGCCAGCCUGUUGGCCAGGCUCAAACAGCAGUAUCAGCGGUACCUAGUGACAGUCAAGUUGCAAAUUUUGGUCAACAAGCAAACAUACCUACUGCAGUGCAGCAGCCCUCUACCCAAGUCACACCUUCAGUUAUUCAGCAAGGUGCUACUCCAUCUUCACAGAUAGUUCCACCUGCUCAAACUGUGAUUAUUCAUCAGGGAGUUCAAACUAGUGCUUCAAGCCUUCCUCAACAAUUGGUCAUGGCACCCCAAAGUACAUUGUUAACUGUACCUCCCCAGCCACAAGGAGCAGAAUCAGUAGCUCAAGGAGUUGUUUCACAGCAGUUGCCUGCAGUUAAUCCUUUGCCUUCUGCUAGUAGUAUUUCUGUUACCAAUCAGGUUAGUUCAGCUGGUCCUUCUGGAAUGCCUUCUGCCCCAACAAACUUGGUUCCACCACAGAAUAUAGCACAAACCCCUGCCACUCAAAAUAGUAAUUUGGUUCAAAGUGUUAGUCAACCUCCCUUGUUAGCAACUAAUAUAAAUUUGCCUUUGGCACAACAGAUACCACAAAGUUCCACCCAGUUCUCUGUACAAUCAUUAGCUCAGGCAUUUGGAAGCCAAAUCGAAGAUGCCAGGCACCCAGCGGAACCCUCUUUAGUUGGCUUACCUCAGCCUAUCAGUGGUGACAGUGGGGGAAUGUCAGCAGUUUCAGAUGGGAGUAGCAGCAGCCUAGCAGCCUCUACUUCUCUUUUCCCGUUGAAGGUGCUCCCGCUGACGACACCCCUGGUGGAUGGCGAAGAUGAGAGGUAAGACCAUGCCAUGUUUCUGAAGAUGUUUAACAGAUUCAAGGUUAACCUGUUCAGUGGCUGAAUAUAUGCACAAAAUUAGUCUGAAACACUAUGUAUUUUUUCACUUUUGUAUAUAAAAAUGCAUUUCUGUGGUAACUUUCCCAGAGUGGGAAUGUUAUGGAAUGGUUUCUGAAUGGAUAGGAUAUGGUAUAAGUAACAUGAAAACAGUAUUUGACAGAAUAGUUACCCAGCAUUAAGAAUAGGUUCAGGGGCACCAAGUGGUUUUUGUUAUUUACAAAAUGCUUUGGAGAAAGAAGAUUAAUUACAAACAUUUAAUUUUUUGCUAACCCAUAUAAAAGUAAAUUCUUUGAACUACUAAAAUCUUUUAUGAUCAUCUCUUGGGGCAUGGGGUUGUGCUUCCCACAUUUGUUUCUCCUUUACCAGACUGGACAGUCCUUUUCAGCUCUGUUUGAGCUUAGUCUGUGAAAGAUAAUGUCACCUGCUUUUCCUAGUCAGACAUUAUAGGAGAGAUUACCUAAUCUGAGUUAUAUAGGUUGCCCUCAUACUGUAAUCGACCAACUUCUGUGUCUUACUUAAUAGCCAUUUUAUCUGAACUGAAAGGAAUGGGAAACUUUAGAAAGCAUUUUGUCCAGAAAGAGGGCAUACACUGUCAAAAUUGCACAUAUGCUGUACAUUGUUCCUUUUGCAUAGAUCAAGGUGGUAGCCAUUUUCAAGAGUAAAGAAAGAAAGUCUUAGAGGGUUGAAUUUAUAGAGGCAUGAAAAUCUCUUGCUAAUCUACUCCACUUGUCCCCUUCUUCCUUUAUGAAAAAAACAAAAAACCGUAAAACCUAAAGUAGAGUAUCAAACCAAUGUUUUCUUAGUCGGACUGGAAAUAAUUUACUAAUCAUACUGAAUCAAAUUGUGUCUUUGGAACUGACUAGCUAGAAAAGUUGUGAAGUUUCUCAUAAUUUACAUUGCUUUAAACUAAGUUGAUUUUUAAAGGAAAGGAGUGUUCUCACACGUUUGCCAUUCUGAAUAACCUUGAUCAAAGUAAUACAGGAUUAUGACAAAAGCUUUUCAUUUUCACUGUGGAACCUUGAAUAAGCUUAAAAUAUAACACUUCACUAUCAGUUGUAGACUUGUGGUUGAAGUUUCAUCAAACCAGUUGUAACAUUUACAUUCUAAAUUAAUGUUUGUGGUUUUCACUUGGGGAACAUUGAGCAUAUUUCAAAAGAAUUGCAAUUUUAGAAAAAAAACAAAGGCCAAAUGGUUCAGUAAGGUUUGCAUGAUUUUUUUCUGUUGCUUAAAAGAUAAAAGGCAUGGUUAAUUGAAAUAAUUUAAAAUCUUCAAGAUUUUUAUUAUUUUUCUAAAAAGUCAUAUAUUUGAAGUCUUGUUAUCUAAUCAGAUGUAUUCUGUCUGUAUCAUUGUGUUCAAAUUGACUUCAAAGGGUAGAACUCUCCUAAGGUAGUUUCCUAUGUACCUUAGGAACAUUACUCCUAAGAGAGUAAUGUUAAAGCUUUGUUUUUGUCAUAUCAUGCCAAUAUUCACCUAUAUUUUAAAGAAUUAUUUACCCCAGAUAUUAGUGAUUUCUAAAUAUAAACGGGGUGAUCUAAAUGAAGCCCCUAUAAAGAACAGGUAUCUAACGUGGAUGCUAAAUUCAGAGAAAUAGAAGGUAGGUGAUAUACACAAAUGAAAACCACGUGUUGAUUUCUGACCUGCCAUGAUUUUAGUUAAUUACCAUUUGUAGUCUCCUGACUUUCUCCUUUUUUUCCUCCUCAUGGUUAGAGCGUGAUAGAGCUUUUCACAACUUGCUGUUCCAGACAAUUAAAAGUCAGUGUUGCUGCUUACCACUAGGUUUUUAACUGAAGGGCUAGAGUCCCAGUUUAAGAUGUUUGUACAAAAUUAAUUUUUCCACACAGUAACUGAGAUGAGGAAUAAUUAGGGGGAAAUUAUGAAGAAAGGUUUGGAAUGAAAGGGACAAAAGAGAUACUGAGAACUGUGAUGAAAUAUUGGUAUA